AUGGAAAUUGCUGACUACCAUCACGGGGUUAACGCUAGGGAUCUAAGUUUGGUCCCAGAUUUAGUGCUCCCACUGAAAUUUAAGACUCUAGAAUUUGAAAAGUAUAAUGGGACUAGUUGUCCUGAAGCUCAUAUAACGAUGUUCUAUCGAAGAAUGACAGGAUACGUUAAUAACGAUCAGUUAUUAAUUCAUUGCUUUCAAGAUAGUCUGAUUGGGUCGGCUGCCAAAUGGUACAACCAGUUAAGCCACGCCGAUAUCCACUCAUGGAAAGACUUGGCACAGGCUUUCAUGAAGCAAUACGGCCAUGUGACAAACAUGGCACCCGACAGAAUUACACUGCAGAACAUGGAAAAUAAGCAAAGUGAGAGCUUCAGGCAAUAUACCCAAAGAUGGAGAGAGGUAGCGACACAAGUCCAGCCACCUCUUCUGGAGAAAGAGACAACUAUGCUUUUCAUCAACACUCUGAAAGCUCCCUUCAUUAACCAUAUGUUAGGAAGCACUACCAUGACCUUCUCAGAUAUAGUAAUGUCCGGCGAGAUGAUUGAAAAUGCAGUAAGGAGUGGGAGGAUAGACGCGGGAGAAGGCAUCAAAAGAUCAACCCCAAAGAAUAAGAAAAAUUAA